AUGAUUGCUACGAGGGAAAUUCUGGUGUUCGUUGCUUUUGCUACGUUGGUGCAGUGCAGUGGAACUGAUGAAAUCACGAAGAGAGGUAUAGACAAAGCUACUGGAGUGAAUACUAUUCCAACGGGAAUCCAGAAACCUGAAUAUACGUACAGCGCUUACUCUCAAAACUCUAAUGGACAAAGUAGUUUACCUAGUCAAAAUUACCAAACCCAAAUCCCAAAUUCUUUCUAUCCAAGUCACGCCAACCAGUACUAUUCAUCCUCUAGCCCGACAAAUGAUGGCACAACAAUUAACUCUCACCAAAAUCAGGUCAACGUGCCUUCACAACUAAGUUCAUCUCAAUUUAAUUUUGUACCAAGCUCCGGCUACCAAGCAAAGUAUCAAUCUGUACCUUCUAAAUCAUCAAACAGUAAUAUUCACUUGGCUUUUCUACAACCAUCAUCAGGACUUUCAACAUCUCAUUUAAGUUUUCCACAUGCAGUCUAUUCUCAGCCUACUCACAUAACUUCUUACGGAAAUCCGCUGUUAAAUUCAGUUUUGCCACAUGGUAACUUUAAUUUUGCCACAAAUUAUCAACCUUUAUCCUUUGGAUCUCCCUAUCUGGGAUAUCCGACGGUGCUUUUUCCACAAUUAAGUUCUCCAUUGUAUAACAAUCACCUUCAUUCAACUCCAGGUCAGGGUAUUUAUUAUUCAACAAAUACUCAGCCUAAGUAUACUUAUUCUCAAAGUAUUCAAUCUUCGACGUCUAAUGACUAUGAUAAACUACAAGGGUCUACUUUGCAAAGUUCUCCAAAAGAUAAUGAUAUUUCGGCACAGAGUAGCGAAUUAAUUCACAACGACUCAGUACCGGGUUAUAAAGGCGGAUAUACCAGUCGCAGUUCCACAUAUACAAAAUGA